CCAAGGACAUUAAAGGCACGCCGCUACGGCCGCAACAGCCACAGCCCUGCCGCAAGCGCGUGACACGUAAAUUUAUAAAAACGUGUGAGUUUCUAGCGAAUGAAUUCAAACGUUCUUUAGCCGUCGCAUUCAACGCAAGUUCCAGAACGUACAGUGUCGUCUCAAACUCCAUCAUGUUAUCUACAAAAGUGCUACUGGCUGUUCUGUUUGUUGUGAUGGCCAGUCAGGCGCAUCCAGUGUCUCGUCCGUCUCCUGGAUUCUCUUAUUUCAGCCGGAGCAACAAGUUGCUCUAUAAUCACGAAAUGGUGCCGACAACGGCCAAGCCCACCCAGCACCGUUCGGCUACGGCAGCCUCGGGUAAGAUCUACGACGAAGUCGUCACUAACAAGCCCAAAACAGGACCGUACGGAAUGACGUUUUUCAAACGCAAACCGGCUGGCGGACGCAACAAAACGGAGAUGGUCGACACGUUAACGAAGAAGGCCAAUCUAGUGGAGCUGAAGAAAGGGAAUCAUCAUCACCAUAAAAAAAUCGAUAAAUUCUUUAGAGAAUCAUCCGCUGCGUUGGCUGCCAAUCAAACGCGAGUGAGACCUACGGCCGAUGUCGCCGAAAAAAAGGAAUCCAUCGUCAAGGUAUCGACCAACUCGACGGAGGGUAAGGCGAUUCAAAGGCCGUUGGAAUUGACUGAAGUGAAGGAAUCGGAGAAGUCGGAGGAAGAAUCACCCGACAAGGAGGAAUCCGAAGAAGAAUCAUCACCCGACAAAGAGAAAGCGGAAGGCAAAUCGUCGGAAGAAUCUUCGGAGGAAUCGUCAGAAGGAUCAGGAUCUUCAUCGUCGGAAGAAUCUUCUGAAGAAUCUUCGGAAGAGUCGUCGGAAGAGUCUUCCGAAGAAUCUUCAGGUGAAUCCUCGCUAGAAGGAGAAGAAGAAGAAGAAGAAAAAGAGUCGGAUGGAUCGAAAACAUCGGGACGGACGCCAGCUGGAACGCAACUGAUGGUCGAUUCGGCCGACGUCUUCCCCGAAAUGCAACGUCUGCACAAGAAAUUCGGCAUCACGACGAAGGGAACUCAACUCUUGUUCAUCUCUGGAUUGCAUCCAUCGCAACAAUCCAAUAACAAAUCGUUGUCAAACACUAGGCCUACUGAAGCCAAAAAGAAGGAUAAAGCCGUCCGUCAGCCAUCGAUCGCUUCCACCACCGACAAUCAGCCAUCAACGUCUACGACCGAAUCCAGCGAGAAGAAAAGCCAAGCCCUUGCACCGGCGGUGGAUGAGACACGGCGCAUGGACUGGCCAUCCGACCUGAAAGCGAAUGGCGAACGGAUUGAAGUGCCAUGGCCAUCCGACCUGAAAGCCAAUGGCGAACAGAUUGAAGUGCCAAUCAAGCCGAAAGUGCGCGCUCAACAUUUAUUCUUUUCGGCGAUGAAUCGAGGCAAGGCAGCAACGACCAGCAAAGCGGCAACAUCGCACGCGCGUAUCUACAGCUCGGUACAAGCUCCGAACGCGGCUGGAAGACCUUCCUCGCAGCAGAGACAGAGAACGGCGACCGUCCUGACACCUGGUGGGACGCAUCAAGCGAAUUGGGACGAUGAUUUCUUCCCAUCCAUAUCGAAACCUGUCAAUAACAAUGCGUUGCGAUUUUUCCGCUCAACCGCAUCGGCUACGAGGGCCCGCACUUUAGCGAAAACUGGUUGAAAGACAAGGUCGACUUUCACCCCGUCUAGCGGCAUCCAGCAGCACCUACCUUUUCGUAAUAUCUAGGACAAAUUUUUAUUUGCUUUAAUUUGCAUUUUUAUUGGUAUCAUAUUUAUUGAUGCUCUGCUGGAUCAUUUUUUUCAAAAACAAAAUGUGUCCAGCCAUUGGAGUAUAUAAUAACCAAAUUUGUUUUUGUUUUUGUUUUUUUCAAAAGGACGUGGAGAGUUUGAAACAUUCGUCGAUGUAAUUGCGUUGUACAUUUUGGAUAAAUUACUUCUAUUUGAUAUCAAAAAAUAGUUCACCAUUCCCUUGCUUAAUUUUUCUAUUUUUUUGUAAUGAAACAAUAAACGAAUUUCACAGUA